AGGCGGCCUGGCGUGGGAGGGAGAAGCUGAGUGGCCUCAGAGCCCGAUGGUUGAGGGGUAGUUACUGCUCUUGAACUUGGUGGUGUGAGUCCUGAGGCUCCUGUACCUUCUACCUGAUGGCAGUAGCAAGAUAAGAGCAUGGCCUGGGUGGUGCCGAACCUGGAGGAGACGCGAUGGGGCUGAAAUCCACGCAGGCGGCCUUCUUCCCCAUCUGCAGCAUCGUCGACGUGGUCAAGCUGUUUGAGUUUGAGCUGAAGAAGGACGAACCAGACCUGACCCUCCUGUCCCUGGUGCUGGGCUUUGUGGAGCACUUCCUGGCCGUCAACCGAGUCAUCCCCAUCAACGUGCCAGGAUACAGCUUCAAUGGGAGCUCGGAGUCCAGGACUUGUUUCCCCCGCGUGGAUCUGGUCCAGAUCAAGGCGCUGCACGCCAGGUUCACCACAAUGAUCCGGGGGGCCGUGGACCGCUCGCUCUACCCCACCAAAGGGGGUUACUCCAGCCGGGACCUGGUGAAGAAGGUGUCUGACGUGAUCUGGAACAGCCUGAGCCGCUCGUACUUCAAGGACAGGGCGCACAUCCAGUCCCUUUUCAGCUUUAUCACUGGCACGAAGCUGGACAGUUCAGGGGUGGCGUUCGCAGUGGUGGCUGCCUGCCAGGUGCUGGGGCUCCACGACGUUCACCUGGGCCUGUCGGAGGAUCACGCCUGGGUGAUCUUUGGCGAGAACGGAGAGGAGACGGCGGAGGUGACCUGGCACGGCAAAGGGAACGAGGACAGGCGGGGGCAGACCGUGACUGCCGGCGUGGCUGAGAGGAGCUGGCUGUACCUGAAGGGCUCCUACCUCAAGUGCGAUCGCAAGAUGGAGGUGGCCCUCAUGGUGUGUGCCAUCAACCCGUCCAUCGACCACCACACGGACAGCGUGGAGCUGCUACAGCUGCAGCAGCACCUCCUGUGGCUGCUGUACGACCUUGGACAUCUAAAAAAGUAUCCAAUGGCACUGGGAAACCUUGCAGAUCUCGAGGAGCUGGAGCCCAUGCCAGGGAGACCAGAUCCACUGACUCUGUUUCAUGAGGGCAUAUCAUCGGCAAAGAAGUACUACAAUAACGAACACAUCUAUCCCUACGUCUACCUGGCCAGUUACUUCUGCCGUAACAGGAAUGUGAAGGAUGCCCUGGCUUCCUGGGGUGAUGCAGCCACCGUCAUUCAAGAUUACAACUACUGCAGAGAAGAUGAGGAGAUUUACAAGGAGUUCUUUGAUAUUGCCAACGACAUCAUCCCGAAUUUAAUCAAGGAGAUGGCCAGCGUAACGGAGAGCUCGGAGGAGCACGGGGACAGAAGCGCUGAAGGUCAGCAAGGACGGUCCACACCCAGCACAGCUCUGCAGGACCCCGAGAGCUUCGCCCAGUUGCUCCGCUUCUAUGAUGGCAUCUGCAAGUGGGAAGAAGGCAGCUCCACGCCGGUCCUCCACGUAGGCUGGGCCACCUUCCUGGUUCAAUCCAUCAGCAAGUUCGAUGGACAGGUGCGGCACAAGGUGACGAUCAUCGUGAAGGACGCGGAGGCAAACGAGGACGACGACCAGCACAGCGAUGACUCGCGGGACGCCCGGCGCCGGGGGCCCCGCCGCGAGUCCAAGGCUGAGGAGCCGCCCCCCGCCAAGAAGUUCCAGGCAGAGAAGGUGGUGGAGCGCCGGCGAUCGGCCCCCACCCAGCGAGUGGCGCCCCCUCCAGCCCCCACUCCCGCUACCCCCCUUCCCCCUGCCCCUGCCCCCACGGGUCCCUGCGUCACCUUCCACAGCGAGAAGAUGAAGGGCAUGAAGGAACUGCUGACGGCCCUGAAGAUCAACUCGAGCGCCAUCAAACUGCAGCUCACCGCCCAGUCCCAGGUCCAGAUGAAAAAGCAGAAGCACAGCUCGGCCAGCGACUACACUCUCUCCUUCCUGAAGAGGCAACGCAAGUCCCUCUGAAAGCGUAGGUUGGGGGGGGGGGUUAGUGGAGAGAGAUGGGUUGAGAGAGGAGGGGAGUGAGUGAAAGAGGGGUGGAGGGACAGAGAGUG